UGAUGGUUAAUGUGUUGAUGCAGAGAGAAUCUACUAUUUUUAGCUUUUUCUCCUUUUCCUGAUGAGCUGAGUUACGUGUUGGUGCUUUCAAGGUUUACGUCUUCGUAUGGCCAGAGUCAGUUCAAGAAACAAGACAUGUAUCUGAGUUUGAUUCUUAUGUAGGGCUGAGGCUCAGACAACCUGGGAAGAUGACUGAUAAUGGAAGCGGAAAGAAGUGGUCAUGCGAAUACUGCACUUACCUCAACUUUCCCGCUGCGAAGAAGUGCACCUUGUGCAAAGGACCCCGCCCACCCCAGCUCAUCACGGAGGAGGCUGUACGAUCAGAGCAGGACAUCUAUAAAGUUGCAUCGUUAGCAUCAUCUGAUGUGGACAAUGCCAACAGCCGGCCCAAUCUCAGUCUGAGUACUUCAUCAGCUAAUGACCCAACCAAAAAGUGGUCAUGUCACAUGUGUACCUACUUAAACUGGCCGAGGACAGCCCGGUGCAGUCAGUGCAUGACGCCACGGCGGAAACACUCUCCCCCGGCGUCCACCUCUUGUGACAAGAGGAGUCCGCUGAGUGUCAAUGUGAACAUCUGUGAGGGGCAAGGAGUAUCACAGGCCAAAGCGGUGUCCCCAAACUCUCCUGAGGCAGCCAGAGAGGUCAAUAAUGACAUUAACAGAACAGUGGCCACCAAAAUCCAUGGCAAGUGGUGCUGCAAGGCUUGUACUUAUGAAAACUGGCCAAAAUCUCAAAAGUGUAUUAUCUGUGGUACUUCCAGGGGUAAGAUUUAUCCUGAAGGAACGUCAGCCUGCGGGGGGAGUAACAUUCUGGAAAAUGAAAUGUCCAAAAAAGGCAGCAAAAAGUCUCCACCACUAGCAAUAAGAAAUGCAGAGAACUUAGAGAUUCAGCAACAAGAUGGGGCAGCUGCGUCUCCUAGCAACAGGGAAGACACUAGUCACCAAGAGGAGAGGAGGAUGAAAGUUUUGCGUAAGCGUUUGCGUGAGAAUGACUGGUUUUGGUUGAAUGCAUGUCACGGGGUAGUGGCAGGGGACCCUCAUGCCGUGGAGGCAUACCUAACAUCCGGAGGGGACCCUGCCAGGCAGCUUACCCAGGAUGAAGUGACUUUACUCAACAGGACCAGCGCCUUUGAAGUAGGCUACACCCUGGUCCACAUUGCCAUUCGUUUCCAAAGAGAGGACAUAUUAGCUGUACUGCUUACUGCCACGGACGUCGCAGCUAAAGCCACCAAGCGUCUGCCGUCCCAUGUUAGUCCAGACAUUGCCGCGGACAUCAAAAGAGAGAUCUCCUCCUCACUGCGCCAGAGAAAGGGAGACUUUCCUUGUUUCUUUGUCACAGAUGCUGUUACUUUUGCACUGCCAACUGAUAUUGAAGACUUACCACCACCUAUUCAGAAGCAAUUAUUUGAUGAGUUGUUAGACAGGGAUGUUCAGAAUGAACUGGAGGCUGAGGAGUCAAUCAUCAACUGGAGUGUGGAGAUCACAGACAGACUGGGCAGCAGGCUCUACAGCCUCUGGAACAGGACUGCUGGUGACUGUCUGCUAGACUCCGUCCUCCAGGCCACCUGGUCUGUGUUUGACCUUGACCACACCUUACGCCGGGCCCUGGCGGACAGUCUCAACGAGGGGGCACUAACGUUUUACCCACGCUGGAAGGAGUAUGAGUCCAUGCAGGCCCAGUCCCUACAGUUCAGUCUGGAUGAGGAACAGUGGCAACAGGACUGGGCUGUACUACUUAGUCUGGCUAGUCAACCAGGUGCUGCCUUGGAACAGACUCACAUAUUCGCCUUAUCUCAUAUAUUACGGAGACCUAUAAUUGUGUAUGGAGUGAAGUAUGUCAAGAGUUUCAGGGGGGAGACAAUAGGAUUUGCCAGAUUUCAGGGUGUUUAUUUGCCGUUGUUGUGGGAGAAGAGUUUCUGUUGGAAAACACCAAUAGCUUUAGGUUAUACUAGAGGUCAUUUUUCUGCACUUGUUCCCAUGGAAAUGGACAGUGACGAUGCUAUAGGGGCGGGAGCAAAUAUUGAGUCUAACGAGGACAGUCAGAUGGCUUACCUCCCUUUGGUGGACAAUGAAGGAAAGCUACUUCCUGUCCAUUUCCUCACAAGAUCAGAGGUUGGUAAAGAGGAGAGCAUUAUGCGCGAGUGGAUGGAGUGUCUUGUUACAAAAGGUGGGAUUCUUGUGGCUGUUCAGAAGCUUGGGAAGAGACCUGUAAUCGUGAGGCAGAUGUUAGACGAGUGGUUAGACAGAUACAGGCAGCUAGCCCAUUUACAGGAGAGCCAUCAGUCUGCCACAGCUCACCCCACACAGACGUUUUCAAGUGAUGGAGAGACUGAUGAUGAGUGAAGCACCCGUAAGGGAGAUAACUUUGCAAACUCAGAAAUGAUGCUUACAUCGGACAUUUGAAAAUGGUGGUUCAGGCCUUGCAAUUAUUAACCAAAGGUAUUGUUUCCAAGGGGAAAUAUCUCCAUGGAUAGUCCAAGGACAGUAGCAGUGUGUGCUCAUCAGAUUAUCGAUGCAUGUGUUUGUCAUCAAUUUUGAGGCUGAAAUUUUGACUCUAUUGGGAUUUUGCUAUUGGGUUAUUGAUACAUCAAGGGGAAGUAACUUCCCAGUGGAAAUGUGGAAGGGAAAUCAAUGGUAGCCUGUGUUAUACGGUUAUAUCAUACAUAUGGUUGCCAUCGAUUGACUUCCAGGCAAAAAUUUGGAAUGACUUCAUAGUUUGAGUGAGUAUGAUAUUCUCCACACUUUGGGGGAAUAAGGACAGCUUUGUCAGUUGAAUAUUUUCCCUUUUACUCUCUACUUCAGGAUAUUUGUGAACUAUGCUUACAGCACUUGAGAGAUUUACAGAAUCUGAGAUAAAAAUCUGGAUUUUACUAGAAGUGAAAAUAACAGAGAGGAGUAUGCCAUACUCUCUUAGUAUGGUUCUGCAUAUACAUGUACAUUAUUACACUUCAAUGCACAUUGAUUGGAGCAUUAUAGAAAAAGACGAUUAUACUUUUUUAUUUUGAGACAAACACGCCACAAUGCAUUCUGGUAGAAAUUUUUUAUAGGAAAACAGGUGAAUGCAAAAAGAAAUUGAAAGAGUGACCAAGUUUACUUCUGUCAUUGCGCUCAAGACAGUCCAGUGAAUUGAGGUUCCAGCAUCGGAUUCAAGAAUUUCUCAUAAUUCCUUAGUUUUGAGCAUUGUUUAUUUUUAGUAACAUCUCUGCAGUAGUCAGUCAGACCAGAGAGAACACAGAGACACAAUCUACCAUAUAAGGCAGUUGCAUAGUUAUAUGAUAUUAAUGGAUGAGAAAGGACAUAUGUUGUUGUUGUGUCAUUCAGAUAACCAAAUAUUGUUUUCUGUGAAAACAAAUCCGCUUUUUAAGGUAUGAAUAUGCUAGACAUAACAGAUCACUCACGGUCUUAAUCUCCUUUGUCUGCAUUUAAUAGUAACUCGUCCUGUACAUCUAUAGAUAUUGUAUUCACAUCAAACUCUCACAGUGCUUCAAAUUUCAUCGCAUCAAACUCGUUAACAUCUGAAGAUACAUGUUAUUCAAUCCAAGUUAGAUCAGGGUCAAAUUAGGAUCAGAAUAUCAGAAAAUGGGCACUUUUUUCAAAUGCAUGUUCUCCACAGGUCUAAUCUGUUUGUUGUUGAAGGAUUUCAUUGUACACUUUUUUCACCAACAGUUCUGAAUUUAGCAGUAGUAUUUUUGCACACAGUGUUCUGUUUUUCUGUUGUGGUAUUGAGGCUAUUCAUAUACUGUGAAAAGUAUUUUUGGGGGUGGGAAGGGGUAAUUUUCUUUUUUUUUAUUUUAGCCCUGUACUACCCACUGGGCAUUCAUUUGCAUUUCUGGGGAGGGGAUAAUUUUUGUCUGUGCUCUGCAGGACAAGCAUGAUUACCUCCCUUUUCACUUCAAACAACCCACUGAAAAAUUUGCUGGUCACAAAUUUGAUGCUUUUGUAUGAACUACUUGUAGCACAAUAGCUAACCAUUUUCUUUGUGGGUAAUCUUUUACGUUAUCUACACAUACAUGAUGCAUGUAUAUGAUUUCUUUUUACAUGUCUUGCCCUACCUUUCGAGGAGUCUCACUUUCGUCAAACUUCAUUCAUAAAACUACAUUUUCAGCGUGAUCUCUGAAGUGAAACCUAUCAUUUCAUAUUUAAAUUUUGAGUUUUUUGCAUUUUUGAAAUUGUGAGCCACUAAAAGUGAUGAUCUGAAUGAUCAUGUAUUAGAAUUAUAAGAUAUUUAUUGUAAAAUAAUCAGAUUAUUUAUUAUCAUAGGAUAGUGUGUAGAGUAUGUUUCUGUUAAUAAUAUAUGUAGUUUUGUGUGGUUGGCAUUCCUUGUCAGAUAACACUGUAACCCUGUUUGCCAAACGUUCUGUGUGACAGUUAAUAAUUGGUUAUACAUGUAUGUGAUAUAGGUCUCUUGUAGCUGGUACUUUUUUCGCUCCACUAUCUCUGUCAUGUGUGAUUGGAUUGGGUAACCCUCACUCUAGUACAAAGCUACUUCAAGUGUCAUUAAUACCGUUUCUUGUAAUCGAGAGGCGACAUAUUUUGAGGUGAGGUGGCGUUAUUGUAGAUUGUAGCGUAACGUCUACACCAUUACAGUGUAUCAGUUUCUAUUUUUAAUGUCGUGACCUUUAAUGUGACGUCAUCAUGAUAGGCUGGGAAAGGAACAUUUGACAUCUAUAAAAUGACGUCAGCGUCCUUCUGCGGGGCAUUUGGCAGGUCCCCAUUGAAAUUAUCAUAUCAUGUAACAGCCAUUCAGACUUUACGGUAAUGCCAAAGCUGAAAGUUUGUAAAUUUUCAUAACGAGGCGUAAAAUAUUCAUUAAGAUUAGUCACACAGAAGUGUCAUUUCAUCACCGUCAUUUUAAUUCAGAUGUGUUUUGAAAUUUUAGUGUUUCAGGUUGAAAGUGAAAAA